CAUGACCAGCCAAUAAGAUAAGGUAGGCCUCCCCUAGCAGGCAUUUUUACACUUCCGACCAACAAACAUGGCCAACCAAAUGCCAAUAACAUGAUUUCUGCCCUCGAAUUGAGGGGUCGAGGGACAAUCAUUGGAACUUGCCGUUCCAAGAGGUUGCGAGAAAGCCCUAUUCAAAGUGACAUAGAGAAAACAACAACAGAAUAUAAAAUGGCACGGUUCCUCUCAGGGUUUCUCUGUGCAUGCGCCCUCUUUCCAAUCGCAUUCGCAACGUCUAGUUCAUGGGUGAUACUAAAUCACUUCCCCAGAUUCAGGACGAGCCUACGGAAUUAAGUUUCGUAGGCUCGGACAAUUCGCUCAGCCUGUCUCCAACAGACUUCGAGGCCUUGUCCACAGUGACAUACUCUCAAGAUGUGGAUCAGAGCCUCAUGGGCCCAUGGCCGCAGCAUGCCGUUUCUCUUGGCCCUUUGAUGGGUCAAGAGGACAUUCUUGGCUUGACGAUGGACUCCGUGCCCUCAGCCGUGGACGAGUUCUCCGAUUUUGAUUUCGCAGCGCCGAUUAUCGGGAUGGAUUCGCAUCUCAGUGACAUUGAAACAGUCCAAUUCGACUUUUCUUCUUCACCUGUAUCUCUUCUCGAUCUUCCUGAAUCCGCAUAUGAGGUGCAUCCAGGGUAUGUAUCGCUCUCUGGCUCACUAGACCCCACAUCCACUCUGUAGAGUGCGGGUUCUGUGUACAGCCAGUCGAACGAUACAAUCCUUGAUGCAUUCUCUCCUGUGGUUUUAGGAAGUGACAGAACUCAGAUACAAUCUUUCGAUCUCAUCUCUUCAGAUAU